AUGUCCUACAUGGUGGACCACAGUUUGAAAGAAAAGGCUGGGGCUUCUGGCACGUCUGUAUACGGCAUCGCUUCGGACAGCUACGGUGAUAGUGUAUUCAUAUUCGUUAACCUCACUGGCCCACAACGACCAACUCAAUGGGAUGAUGAGGCCCGCACAAUGAACCUGAGAAUUGGAUGA